AUGCCGCAGACGAUGGGACGCGGUAAGGCUUUCAUGGGUCACAGCCGGAGCUCCCGCUCGGCGGAAUGGCAGAGCUCGUCCUCGGGGACGUCUCCCAUGACGCAGUCUUCACCCGAGACGUCCGAGUCCAGAAUCACGACGCCAGGAGACCUCGGCCUCGCCACGGGUACUUUGGAGCCCCUCCAUGCGGCCAUAACCGCCGCCUUCUUCGCCUUUGUUGGCGAUUCGCUCUCUCCCAUCACAGACAUAUUCUCCAUCUCCUUCAUGCGGACGUACCUCAACACUUCGGUACCCGUCCGGACCGUCGUGUCGACGAUUGGCAAGAUUUGUCUGGAGUUCCAGAAGCGCGUCAGCCUGGACAAGAAGCGGGCUGCCGCGGCCGCCGUGAUGAAAGAAGACCGCGCCAAGCUGAACGAGAUUCUAGAAAGGCUGACCGGCCCGGACAGCCACGACCAGCACGUGAUACUGCUGUACGGGAUCCUCAUGAUCUACGCCGAGUUCAUGACGAGUGACACGUGGGUCUACUUCCAAGCCAUAUUCCGGAAGUUGUCGGUCAAGGUCCAGGAGCAGUACAGGCAGAGGAAAUACAGGCCCCUCCUCUACUUUGACAGGGGAUUGCUCAUGAACUUUUCCAUGAUGGGGUCCUUCUACGCCAUAGUGUGCUUUGGGGACACGUUCCUCGUCGACCUAGACCUGUACGACCCCUCGCCGUUUGAAAGGGUGGGCUCGCUCGCCAGCCAAACCCGCGUCAAUUCCGCAAUCUUCCAUCGUUACACCACGUUUAUGGAACAUUUUGCACGCUUGCAUCACAGGGCGUAUACGUGGGUACAACAAGCUCGCAGCGUCAUCAGGGACCGCCACCUUAUGGAGGAUGUUCCAGCGGCAGAACUGAAAGGGCUGCUUGCUGUCAACGGACUGUGGCAGAAGGGAAAGGACAUUGUCGAGAGCUCGACAGUGGCCAUUGACGUGAUGGAAAGUCUGCGCGAAGUAGGCUACGAUAACCAUGAUGAUAAUGACGACAACGGCAAAGACGAUGACGACGGCGACGACGACGAUGAUGAUGAUGAAAUAGCCAAGGCCGACUUCAAAGUCUUGAGGGAAGCUUACUACCGGUACUCGGUCAUGGGACUCACACGCACCUUUUGCGACCCGGUGUGGAAGCUCGUGGACGAGAGCCUGCCGCACGCGGGGGAUGUGUGCGACCUCGAGGCCCACGGCGUGUUCGUCCGCGAGAGGAUCGCGCAGAGGCUGCCGGGCGUGGGCAUGGAGGCGUGGAGCUACCUGAUCAUCCUGGUGGGCGUCGGCAUGGAGUCGAACACGGAGGAGAACAGGAAGAGGCUGAGCGGCCUGCUGUACGACAUCAUGGGGAAGGGAUUCGCGAGCGCGGGCGCGUUCCUGGAGGACGCGUGGCUGGCCUGGGGGAUGAACCACCCAUUGGGGCUCGAGUACCAUGGCCCGACGUCGUGA